CACCGUAACUAUACGCUUGUCUCGCCGCCGCCGCGCCACGCGAAACUAGAACUAUCUUACUCAGAGGAUCGACCCCGCGUUCGAGGCGAUGCGCGGCCACAGGUCCGCGCACUCCUUCGCGACGGGGCCGUUGAUGGCCGAGCCCUUCAUCUCGCCCUUGUUGUUGACGACGACGCCGGCGUUGUCCUCGAAGUAGAUGAUGACGCCCUCCUUUCUGCGCCAGGGCUUGCGCUGGCGGAUGACGACGGCGGGCAUGACCUUCUUCCGCAGCUCGGGCUUGCCCUUCUUGCACGAGCACAUGACGAGGUCGCCCGGCGCCGCCGACGGCAGCUUGUUCAGCCGCCCCUUGAUGUUGAUCACCGCGAUCACGUACAGGUUCUUCGCGCCGCUGUUGUCCGCGCAGUUCAUCACCGCCGACAUGGGCAGGCCGAGCGUCAUGCGCAGCUUGUUGCCCAGCCCGGGCGGCUUGUUGUUCCCGCCCAUGGUGGCGGCGCGCGGGGGAGGGGGGGGUGCGGGCGCGUCGCUCGCCUGCGUCGGGGACGGGGUGAUGGCCGGUCGCGUCUUGCCGAAGUGAUUCCUAAUUUUCUCUCCCCGUCCACGUCACACAGCGGUGGCACGCCUCGGCGGCGCACGUCGCCGACUGCGCGCGCUCCGUCUCGCGGUCCGGCGCUCCCGAGAGCGACCGGGGCGGAGGAGCGCCAGCAGACCGAACGGGAGCGACCAGCGGCCGCGGCGGUGGCGUAGUAAGCGGUGGCACGCCGCGGCGGCGCAGCGGUCAGCCAGCAAGGGCUAUUGCAAAACGCUGCUCACUUUUAGGUGCCCGCUCGCUGACGGCCGCGUUUGCAGUGAAGGGCUCUCAGUCGUGCAGCCGACAGUUCAAACGUUACGCCACCAAUUCCUUUGAGUCCAGACGCCGCGUCGCGCCUCUUAGCUGACCUCGCUUUACAGCUCGCUCACGCUCGACGAG